GAAGGCAACGCCUUCCCCCGUCCGGGAGAAAAUGAAAGCGGCUGCUCCUGCAUCCCCCGUGGCCCCAUGGACGCGCCGAGCGCUCGGGACGCGCUCCCGGGGGAGGCCUCCUGCCCCAUUUGCCUGGAAUAUUUCCGGGACCCCGUGUCCAUCCACUGCGGCCACCACUUCUGCCGCUCGUGCAUCGAGCGCUGCUGGGAAUGGCCCACGGCGGGGUUCGCGUGCCCGCGCUGCCGGGACACGGCCCCGGAGCGGAGCCUCCGCCCGAGCCGGGAGCUGGCGCGGGUGCUGGAGAUCGCUCGGCGGCUGAGCCGCGGGGAAGCCCUGGGAACUGGGGAGGAGAAGGAGGAAGGAUGCCAGAAGCAUCGGGAGCCCCUGGAGGUUUUCUGCAAGGAGGACGGGGCUCUACUGUGCGCGAUCUGCCGCGAGUCCCGCGCGCACCGCUCCCACACCGUGCUCCCGGUGCCGGAGGUUGUCCGGGAAUACCAGGGACAAAUCCAGGCUCAGCUGCAAACCCUGAAGGACGACAGAGACAAAAUCCAGGAGUUCCGGGAGGCUGAAAUGAGGAGGAACUGGGAGUAUUUGGAGAAGACCGAAGUCGAGCGGCAGCGGAUUCUCUCCCAGUUCCAGGGGCUGCACCUCUCCCUGGAGGAGCAUUCCCGUCACCUCCUGGCUCGGCUGGGGGACCUGGAGAGGGACAUCGGGAAGGUGCAGGAGGAAAACGUGACGAGCCUGACGAAGGAGAUCUCCCGGCUGGAUGCCCGCAUCCAGGAGCUGGAGGAGAAGUGCCGGCAACCAGCCAGGACCUUCCUGCAGGACAUCAAUGGCACCUUGAGCAGGCUUGUAAAGGAAAACCUCCAGCUGCCCCUGUCGCCUCUUCCAGAGCUGGAAAAGAAAAUUCAUCACUUCAGGGAGGAAAAUACUCUCCUGGAGGAGACUCUGAGGAGCUUCCAAGACAUCCUGAUGUUUGAGCUGCCAGAGAAAAUGACGGUGACGCUGGACCCCAGCACGGCUCACCCCCAGCUCCUCGUGGCGCCCGACGGGAGCAGCGUCAGCUGGGAAAGCGCCCAGGACCCUCCCGGGGACGGACCCGGCACCGACGCUCCCGCGGACGGACCCGGACCCGGCACCGACCCCUCCGUGCUGGGCCGCGAGGGCGUCACGGCCGGGAGGCGCUGCUGGGACGUGCAGGUGGCACCCGCGGGGUCCUGGGCCCUGGGAGUGGCCAGGGAGACCCCCGGGAGCGGGGGAGAGACCCCCGGGAGCGCCGAGUGGGAGCUCUGGUCCAUGGGGCUCUGCCAGGGCGAGUUCUGGGCUCUCACCUCCCUGGAGCGCAUCCCGCUGUUCCCGAUCCGCGCGCCCAGGAGGGUGCGGGUGGCCCUGGACUACGAGAGGGGCCAGGUGGCUUUUUUUGAUGCUGAUAAGAGGAGUCUGAUCUUCGCCUUCCCGGCGGCCUCCUUCAAGGGGCAGAGCGUCCACCCUUGGUUCCUGGUGUGGGGCGAGGGCUCCCGGAUCACCUUGUGCCCCUCGACGCUGAGACACAGCCGGAGCCUGGACCUGGCCCCCACCACCCAGAGCCAGGGCCGGACCCUCUCCCCGGCGAAGGACACGCGGGAAAAGAUGAACAGGAGCCCCCCGUCCUCGGCGUCAAAAAACGCCACAGUCCCCCCGCCGCAGUCCAGGUGGAUGCUGACCCUGCGGGGCAGCCACCUCAGGGCCACCAGGGCCCCAGAUCCCGCCCUGGGGGCCGAGGCUGAGCCGCCCCUUCCUCCGCACGGAUUCCCGAGCCACCCCCACGGCCCAGUCGCCGCCGUCCCCGACGUCCACAUCCCAGCAGUGCCGCCCGGCCACGAAGCCCUGGUGGCCCAGCACGAAGGGCCAGUAGUCGAAGCGCUCUGGGUUGUCUGGGAGGUCGCAGUGUCCGGCUCCACGCCAAACGCUCUUCCCGUCCUCAGACAGGACGAGGUCGGGAUGAGCCGUGUCAGGGUCCAGGGCUCCUCCUGGCGCGGCCACUCCGCCACGGGCCGCUCCCUGGGCCAUCCCAGAGCUCCCGACGGACACAGGAGCGGCGAAUUCCCGCGGCAUCACUCGGGACACAGCCGACAGCCGCCUCAGGGACAGAUCCGCAGCGAGAACCCGAACCCCACCCAGUCCAGAGGGGACAUGAACCGCCCGGCCACCCCCCGGUCCUCGCAGCGGGGGCUCCGAGUCACCUCCAGCAGCCGCGCCCCCAUCCCCAUCUUGAACCAGGGCAGGACCCUCUCCCCGUUGAAGGCGGCCCGGGUGUAUUCCAGGAUGGGAAUGUCGUCGCCGGCGCUGAAAAAAGCCACCCGACGCCCCUCGGGGCCCCUCCUGCGCGCGGACUCCCGGACCACGCCCAGCGCCCAGACCCCGCCCUGCCCCACCUCCACCUCCCAAAAAUGCCGCCCCGAGGCGAAGCCCCCCCGCGCCAACACGCAGGGCUCGAAGUCGAAGCGCUCGGGGUGGUCCGGAACGUCCCUCGGCACCAGCUGCCCCCGCACUUCUUUUCCGUCCUCGGAGAGCUGCAGGAAGUGGCUCGGGGGCUGCUGGAAUUUCCCCUCCAUCUCCCAGAUGAGGGUGUCCAGCUGGGAUAACUCCUCCGAAACCUUGGCCAGAGCCUCGUCCUGGGCUCGGCCGAUGGCCCUGUCCAGGUCCCCGAGCUGGACCAGGAGGAGACGCUCCUGCUCCUCCAGGAACCGCCGCAAUUCCUGGAAUUCCCACACCAUCCGCUGCCCCUCGCUCCUGGUUUUGUCCUGCCGGGAGCGGCGAAAGCCGCUCUCCACGGGCUGUGCGGGUGUUACCUUGUACUCCUGGGCGGCUUCCUCGGCGGGCACGACGCGGUGGAGCCAAUGGGCGCGGGAGCGGCUGCACACGAGGCACAGCAGGGCCCGCUCCUCCCGGCAGAAGAGCUGCAGCGGCUCCCGGUGCCGCCUGCAGAGGGUCCCCGGGACCCCCGGGAGCAGCCCCCGGGCAAUGUCAGCGACGUGUCCCAGCUCCCGGCUGGGCCGCAGGCCCCGCUCCGGGGCCACGUUCCGGCAGCGCGGGCAGCAGAACGAGCCCCGGGAGCUCUCCCAGAAGCGCUCGAUGCAGCCCCGGCAGAAGUUGUGGCCGCACGGGACGGACACAGGGUCCUGGAAGAGCUCGAGGCACACGGGACACGAGGCCUCGGCGCGGAGCUGCUCGGCCAGGCUGGGCUCCGCCAUGGAGGAGGAGGAGGAGGAGGAGGAUGUGCUUCCUCCGCCUUGGAUGUCGGGUGGUUGGGAGUUGCUGCCUGGGAGGGAUGGAGAGGAGCGGAAGGGGCGGUGCCCGCACCGGAAGGCGGAAGUGCCGCGGCGCUUCCCGUCUGUGGCGGAGCCGCUGCCGGGCGAGCGCGGCCGGGGGGACCCGGCGGGCACCGGGCGGGACCCGGCGGGCACCGAGCGGCUCCUCCGGCACCGGCCGCGAGGGCUCGGGGGAGCACCGGCGCGGGCGGCGCGGGUAGCGGCGAGGCCCGCUGGGCCGGGGGCACCGCGGGGCCGGGCAGGAGCCGCGGGGGGGGCGCGGGAGCCCCGGAGGAGGAGGCGGAGGAGGAAGAGCGGCAGCAGGAGGGUCUCGCCCCCCGCCAUGGCGGCCCCCGCGGCGCUGGGCGGCCCCGGCUCCCGGCCGGACCCGGUGGAAACGCUGCAGGAGGAGGCGAUUUGCGCCAUUUGCCUCGACUACUUCGCCGACCCGGUGUCCAUCGGCUGCGGCCACAACUUCUGCCGCGGCUGCAUCUCCCGGCUCUGGGCCCGCGGCGGCCCCGAGCCCCCCCCGGGCGGCUCUGAGGGCGGCUCCGAGCUGGAGGAGGACGAGGACGAGGACGAGCUGGAGGAAGACGAGCUGGAUGUGGAGCAGGAGGAGGAGGAGGAUGAGGCCGGUGUGGACGAGGAGGAAGAUGACGACAUGUGGGAGGAGGAGGAGGAGGAGGAAGCCGAGCUCUGGGAAGACCCCGCGGAGGACGAGGAGGAGGAGGAAGAGGAAGAAGCCACCGCGUGGGCAGGGGGCGCGCAGGGGGGUCUUUACUUCGGGGACGAGGACUUUGAUGAGGACGUGAUGGAGGAGGACGUGGAGGAGGAGGAGGAAGCGGAGGAAGAGGAGGAGGACGAGGAGGAGCAGCCGCCGCCCCCCGCGCCCCCCCGGCGCCCCCCGGUUUUCACGUGCCCCCAGUGCCGCAAGACGUUCCUGCAGCGCAGCUUCCGCCCCAACCUGCAGCUCGCCAACAUGGUCCAGAUCAUCCGGCAGCUGCACCCGCGGCCCCAGCGCCCCGCGGGGCCUGGGCCCGGCCCGGCGGCAGCGCCCGGGGGCCCCCCCGAGCUGUGCGAGAAGCACCAAGAGCCGCUGAAGCUUUUCUGCGAGGUGGACGAGGCGGCGAUCUGCGUGGUGUGCCGGGAGGCCCGCGGGCACAAACACCACAGCGUGGUGCCCCUGGACGAGGUGGUGCAGGACUGCAAGAACAAGCUCCAGAGCCACCUGGAGCCGCUCCGGAAGCAGCUGGAUGCGGUGCUGAAGCAGAAAUCCAGCGAGGAGGAGAAAAUCUCAGUGCUGAGGGAGCAGAUGCAGGUGGAGAUGCAGGAGCUGGAGGCGGAUUUUGAGGUGCUGCACCGGUUCCUGGCGGGGGAGCAGGUGCUGCUGCUGCGGCAGCUGCAGGAGCGCCAUGAGGCGCUGCUGGCGCGGCAGCGCCGGAACCUGGGAGCGCUGGAGGAGCGGAGCUCGGCCCUGCGCCGCCUCAUCGCCGACGCCGAGGCCGCCGGCAGGCAGGACGGGCUGCAGCUGCUCAAGGACAUCAAAGGCACCUUCAUCAGGUGUGAGAACAUCAAAUUCCAGGAACCCGAGAUGGUGCCGGUGGAUGUGGGGAAGAAGUUCCGGAAUUGUUUCCUGCAGGAUGUGGUGAUGAGAAAGAUGGAAAAGGUCUUCAGCAAAGUGCCCCAAGCCGAUGUGACCCUGGACCCCUCCACGGCCCACCCGCGGCUCAGCCUGUCCCUGGACCGGCGCAGCGUCCGAUUGUCCGAGCGGCGCCAGGAGCCCGCGGGCAGCGCCCGGCGCUCGGACGGCGACCUGUGCGUGCUGGGAGCGCCCGGCUUCAGCGCCGGCCGCCACUACUGGGAGGUGGAGGUGGGCGGCCGGCGCGGCUGGGCCGUGGGGGCUGCCCGCGAGACCACCCGGCACCGGCACAAGGGCGCGUCCGGCGGCUCCUCCCCGGCGCCCAAGCGGGAGAUCUGGGCCGUGGGCACCAGCGGCAAGAAGUACCAGGCACUGACGGCCACAGAGCAGACGGCGCUGGCGCCCGGGGAGCAGCCGCGGCGCUUCGGGGUCUACCUGGACUACGAGCGGGGCCAGCUGUGCUUCUACAACGCCGAGAGCAUGAGCCACAUCCACACCUUCCACAUCUGCUGCCGCGAGCGCGUCUUCCCCUUCUUCCGCAUCCUGGCCAAGGGCACCCGCAUCAAGAUCUGCACCUGACGGGCCCGGCUGCCCCCACGGGGUGCAGGCGAAGGGGGGGCUGCACUCAGCUUCUCGCACCUGCUUCGCUCAUGAGGUUCCUCCUCCUCCCCCUCCCACUGCUGCCGCUCCACCUGCGCCAGGAUCCGGCGCUGCCGCCAGCGGAGCUGGCCGGAUCCUGUCCCACUCGGGAGCUCCCCCUGUCCUCCCCCUCACGUUUCCCUGGAUUUUGGUGGAUUUGGGAAUUUCCUGUUGGCGUUACAGAGCUCGUUCGGGAUAUUUUUGGCUAAAAUGAGAAUUAAAUGGAGAUUUAGUUUUAUGAAAUGUCAAUAAUAAAGAAUAAAGAAGUUGUA